GAAGAAAUGGAAAUGCUGUGCCGUUUCCAAGAAACACGGACGUGCUAUCAGAAGCUCAACGCAUCCCGCAACGGUUUCGUGCCGCGAGCCGAAAUAUGCAGGGAUAAAAACGGAGGCCUCUUGACGGACAGACGUGAGGUGAUCGAAAGGUGGAAGCAGCACUUCGAUCAGCACCAGAACGGCGUGGAGAACGUAGGCACGGGAGCCCACGGCAACCGAGGAAACGACGACGCCAAUGCAGCGGAGGACGGAAAUGAACCAACUCCCAUUCUAAGGGAAGUUCAAGAGGCCAUUCACCAGCUCAAAACCAACAAAGCAGCUGGUAAGGAUGAUAUCGCAGCUGAACUCAUCAAUAUGGGCCCAGAAAAGUUGGCCACCUGUCUGCAUCGGCUGAUAGUCAGGAUCUGGGAAACCGAACAGCUACCGGAGGAGUGGAAGGAAGGUGUAAUCUGCCCCAUUCACAAGAAAGGCGACUAUUUGGAAUGUGAGAACUUCAGGGCGAUCAUAAUUUUGAAUGCUGCCUACAAAGUGCUAUCCCAUAUCAUCUUCCGUCAUCUGUCACCUAAAAUGAAUGAGUUCGUGGGAAGUUAUCAAGCCGGCUUCAUCGACGGCCGGUUGACAAUGGACCAGAUCUUUACCGUACGGCAAAUCCUUCAGAAAUGCCGUGAAUACCAGGUUCCAACGCAUCACCUGCUAAUCGACUUCAAAGCGGCAUACGACAGUAUCGACCGCACAGAGCUAUGGAGAAUCAUGGACGAAAACGGCUUUCCUGGGAAGCUGACUAGACUGAUUAAAGCAACGAUGGACGGUGUGCAAAACUGCGUAAGGGUUUCGGGUCAACUAUCCAGUUCAUUCGAAUCUCGCCGGGAACUGCGAAAAGGUGAUGGACUCUCAUGCCUACUAUUCACCAUCGCUCUGGAAGGUGUGAUGCGACGAGCCGGGCUCAACAGCCGGGGAACGAUUUUCACAAAAUCCGGUCAAUUUGUGUGCUUUGCGGACGACAUGGACAUUAUUGCCAGAACAUUUGGAACGGUGGCAGAGCUGUACACCCGCCUGAAACGCGAAGCAGUAAAGGUCGGACUGGUGAUGAAUGCCUCAAAGACAAAGUACAUGCUGGUAGACGGAACCGAACACGACCGGAUCCGUCUGGGUAGUAAUGUUACGAUAGACGGGGAUACUUUUGAGGUGGUGGAGGAAAUCGUCUACCUCGGAUCCUUACUGACGGCUGACAACAACGUGAGCCGUGAAAUUCGGAGGCGCAUCAUCAGUGGAAGUCGGACCUACUACGGGCUCCAGAAGGAUCUGCGGUCGAAAAAGAUUCACCCACGCACCAAAUGCACCAUGUACAAAACGCUAAUAAGACCGGUGGUGGAGGAAUUCGUCUACCUUGGAUCCUUACUGACGGCUGACAACAACGUGAGCUGUGAAAUUCGGAGGCGCAUCAUCAGCGGAAGUCGGGCCUACUACGGGCUCCAGAAGAAACUGCGGUCGAAAAAGAUUCACCCACGCACCAAAUGCACCAUGUACAAAACGCUAAUAAGACCGGUGAUCCUAUACGGGCACGAGACAUGGACCAUGCUCGAGGAGGACCUACAAGCACUCGGAGUUUUCGAGCGACGCGUGCUAAGAACGAUCUUCGGCGGUGUGCAGGAGAACGGUGUGUGGCGAAGAAGAAUGAACCACGAGCUCGCUGCACUUUACGGCGAACCCAGCAUCCAGAAGGUGGCCAAAGCCGGAAGGAUACGAUGGGCAGGGCAUGUUGCAAGAAUGCCGGACAACAACCCUGCAAAGCUGGUGUUUGCAACGGAUCCGGUUGGCACAAGAAGGCGUGGAGCGCAGAGAGCACGAUGGGCGGACCAGGUGGAGCGUGACUUGGCGAGCAUUGGGCGUGACCGAGGAUGGAGAGCGGCAGCCACAAACCGAGUAUUGUGGCGUACUAUUGUUGAUUAUGUCUUGUCUUAAUGAUGUGGAACAAAUAAAUGUAUGUAUGUAUGUAUGU